CUUCUUCCUCUUCUCUUAGCCACUCAGAAAGACGUCUUGAAACAGUGACAAUGUCUAGAGAAGUUUUCUACUCAAAUGCAACAUUCAGUCGGCCCCAGAAGCAAGAUGAUGUGACAGAAAGUAAAGUUUCUGAAGAAAAUUACGUAUGCUCUGCUAACCCUUCUCCCCCAGUAGGGUCAAAGGUUGUGACACCUGUGAGAGGAUCACAGAGGGUUGUUUUGGGGACCCUGGUGUGUUUCUGGGUUGUACUGCUAGUCCUGUCCAUCACUCUGAGAGUCCUUUAUGUAUCCAACAUCCAUUUUCUUCAAGCUGUGGAAACUAACUUAACCCAACAUAUAAGUACAGCCACACGAUGUGCCUCUGGCUGGGAGUUCUACAAUGGAUCAUGCUACCACUUCUCUGAAGACAAAUGGACAUGGGAACAGAGUCAAUAUGCCUGUAUCCGUGAAGGAGGACACCUGGUCAUCAUUGAGAGUCAGCAGGAGCAGGACUUUAUUAGAAUGAUGGUGGGAAACACUGAAUUUAAAAACAUGUACUGGAUUGGAAUGACAGACAUGAAGGAGGAGGGAGUUUGGGUCUGGAUGGACAAUACACCCCUUAAUGACAACAUCAAGUACUGGGAUCUAAACAAUGGAACAAGUAACUCUGGAAGACCAGAACCAAAUAACUGGCCUCCAGGUGAAGACUGUGCCCAGAUAGGUCGGCGCUGUUCUGUUCAAAUCAGUUGUUGGUUUGACUCUGGAUGUGAUAGACCAUCUAAGAGAAUCUGUGAGAGCCGUGCAGCCAGAUUUUAAUCCUGCCAAUAUUGUUUUAACCUUCAGCCAGCACAAGAUAGUGGUCAUUGCUGUCGGUACAUUGCUUCACUUUCCCAGACCCAUAUAAGAACUAGCCCUAAACAAAACACCAUGCUUAGUGGAGAUUGUCCAUUUAAGAGUCUGAAACAGUCUGAAACAGUCUGAAACAGUCUGAAACAGAUCCAUAGUGAAUGAUUUGGAUGUGUAUCCAGAGUAACUAGCUGCUGUACAUGUCAUCUUUUUCCAACAGGACCAGUGUUUGUGUUUUACCUUCUGGAUUCAGAAAUGAUAUGUGGGGAGUUCUGGUUUCAUCCAUUUGAUUGUGAUAAACUCCAGGGCUGUUGUAAGCAAUAUCAGACCUUAUCAAUAUCAGACCUAAGCAAUAUCAGACCUUAUCAAUAAGAGAUAUUUAUCAGACCUUCCCUCCAAGCCAUCGGGUAUUACUCCCAGUAUUCCCAACAUAGAGUCCUGUGGGAUAUUUUGUUGAAACACGUCUUUAAGCACAUCAAAUACUUCAUUACAGAAAACAUGUAACUUAGGGCACAGCCAAACUACAAGUAUGGUUUCCAAUUUGUGAUCCACAGUUUCUCCAACAUGAACUUGUGUGUGAGUUUAGGUUCAUCUUUGAAUCUCUGGCGUCCGGAAGUGUCUAGUGAUUAUUUUCCAUUUAAAUUCCCUCCAUGUUUUUGAAUUUGUCACUAGGCCUGCUUCUGUGAAUAUGUCUUUCCAGGUAUCCUUUUUUCAGAUAUCCAAUGUAUGUUAGCAGUGAAAUAGUUUUAGAUGGUUAAACCAUUCAUGGUCGACGUCCGCGAUCCCGCGGACAGUGCUAAUUUGCAUAAAUAUUUCGAAAAAUAGAUUCUCCAUA